CCAAGCUGACUGGAGGCUACAGGCAUGCACAGAACUAACUUCUGAAAGUGACGCCACUGGCUACUGCUCCACCCCGCUACAAGGGACACAGAAAAGUUACUUCUUCCUAUACACCACCACUCAUUUGGCGAUCGGAGCCAGCGCAACAGUUUACAGGACCACACCAGCGACAAGGCUCAAUACAUAGAAUCAAAAGUAAAGGAGAUUUUUUUUCAAGAAAAGGAACGUUUGGAAAUGCAAGUGUGCACUGGCAAGAAACGCGUGUGAAGUUUUUCCCAACUGUCCGGCAUCAUGAGCCUACUGUCGUGCUUCGGUGUUCUUCUCAGGACUUCUCUUGUCCUAUAUCUGUUUCUCAAAGGAUCACAAGCUCAAUGCACUUCCUGUAUGAGUUUCAAAGGCGUUGUAACAUCCACAGAGAUUACUGUUCAGGUAGUUGCCAACUGCAGCGUGAGCACUGGCAAUACCUCAGUUUACUCCAACUCAACUACAGCCACCCUGCCUAGACUGUGUCCUGGGUCCACAUACAGAGUGAUUGUCCUGUGUAAAGAUGGCCUAAAAUUCAACUGCUGCUCCACAACAAAGCCUGUCAUCAUGAACCUUACGGCCUCUGCAAUCACAACAUCAUCUGUGUAUCUGAACUGGACUCAACCAUUGGGAAACAGUUCCUUCUAUAGAGUAGAAUGGACUGAUUGCAAUAUCAGUGACAGUCAGAAUAUCACAGGAACUUCUGUUAAUGUUACUGCUCUCACUGCUGGAGUGCAGUACCACUUCACAGUCAUUGCAGUGGCUGGAGAUAACACAAUUGAAGGACAGAGCGAGACAGUUUCUAAGUAUACAGAACCUGAAGUCAUCAGGAACCUCACUGUCUCUGAAAUCACAACAUCAUCUGUGUCUCUGAGCUGGAUUGAACCAUUGGGAAACAGAUCCUUCUACAGAGUAGAAUGGACUGGUGGCGUUAGAGAUAUGAAUACAACUACCAAUGAGACAGCCUUUAACGUAACUGAGCUGACUGCUGGAGUGAAGUACACAUUCAGGGUCACUGCAGUGGCUGGAGAUGACAUGACUGAAGGCAAAACUAUCAGUGUUUCACUCUUUACAAAGCCCGCAAUCAUCAGAAACCUCACUGUCAAUGAAAUCACAACAUCAUCUGUGUCUCUGAGCUGGAUUGAGCCGUUGGGAAACAGAUCCUUCUAUAGAAUAGAAUGGACUAAUGGCGGUAGAGAUAUGAAUACAACUACCAAUGAGACAGCCUUUAAUGUAACUGAGCUAACUGCUGGAGUGAAGUACACAUUCAAGGUCACUGCAGUGGCUGGUGAUAAUAUAACUACAGGAAAUGCUCAGGAGAAAGCACUCUUUACAAAACCUGAAGUCAUCAGGAACCUCACUGUCUCUGAAAUCACAUCAUCAUCUGUGUCUCUGAGCUGGAUUGAACCAUUGGGAAACAGAUCCUUCUAUAGAAUAGAAUGGACUGGUGGCGUUGGAGAUAUGAAUACAACUACCAAGGAGACAGCCUUUAACGUAACUGAGCUGACUGCUGGAGUGAAGUACACAUUCAGGGUCACUGCAGUGGCUGGAGAUGAGAUGACUGAAGGCAAAACGAUCAGUGUUUCACUCUUUACAAAGCCCGCAAUCAUCAGAAACCUCACUGUCACUGAAAUCACAACAUCAUCUGUGUCUCUGAGCUGGAUUGAGCCGUUGGGAAACAGAUCCUUCUAUAGAAUAGAAUGGACUAAUGGCGGUAGAGAUAUGAAUACAACUACCAAUGAGACAGCCUUUAAUGUAACUGAGCUAACUGCUGGAGUGAAGUACACAUUCAAGGUCACUGCAGUGGCUGGUGAUAAUAUAACUAAAGGAAAUGCUCAGGAGAAAGCACUCUUUACAAGUAAGCCUUUUCAUUGGAAUGGUGUUAAUGUUUUCUCUGAAGUGGAACCAUGUAAUGAUUAUGUUAAUAUCUGUAUUGAACAAUGAGAGGGCAAUAAGAGGAAGGGUAAAGUCCUCUUUGUUUUUUGGAACCAGAAGUGAUGGAAUCCUGUAAUAGAGUACUGUAGGUAGGUACUAAGUAAUCUAAUGGUAUGGUCUUCUCCCAAAAUGUACAUUUCUUGCAUGCACAGAACCUGAA